UGACAGCUGCUGCGUGUGUGUGUGUGUGUGUGAGCUCAGCUCAGUAAAGCUUCAUCUCUAAUAGGAUGAGCAGCCGCUCGCGCGAGUAGCUGAAUGCGCCGCUCAUUGUUCGCUCCGCCGUUUCUCUGCUGUUUCCGCGGAUCGAUCGAUCAGUGAUCGGGAUUUCUCAUGGAUCUAUCGAUGUGAAGAGGCUGUCGCACGCGGCUGACGUUCAGAACGGAUCGAGCGCAGCGGCUGGACUCAAUCAUGCGGUCGCAGGUCUUGUUGCUGUAUUUCACGCUGCUGCAGACGGCCGGAGCCGCUUUCCCAGAAGACACCGAGCCAAUCAGUAUUUCACACAGCAACUACACCAAACAAUAUCCAGCGUUUGUGGGACACAAACCAGGAAGAAACACCACGCAGCGGCACAAACUGGACGUCCAGCUGAUGGUCAUCAUGAACCGGACUCUGUAUGUGUCCGCCAGGGAUCACAUUUACACGGUGGACAUCGAGACGGCCGACACGGAGGAGAUCUUCUUCAGUAAGAAGCUGACGUGGAAGUCCAGGCAGGCCGACGUGGACACCUGCAGGAUGAAGGGAAAACACAAGGACGAGUGCCAUAACUUCAUCAAGGUCCUGCUGCAGCAGAGCCACGACUCUCUGUUUGUGUGCGGAACCAACGCCUUCAACCCGUCCUGCCGGACCUACAAGAUGGACAGUCUGGACGCUGUGAGCGAUGAGAUCAGCGGUAUGGCGCGCUGCCCGUACGACGCCAAACACGCCAACGUGGCCCUGUUCGCCGAUGGGAAGUUGUACUCGGCCACCGUCACAGACUUCCUGGCCAUCGAUGCGGUGAUCUAUCGCAGUCUGGGCGACAGUGCGACCCUCAGGACGGUCAAACACGACUCCAAAUGGCUGAAAGAGCCGUAUUUCGUCCAGGCCAUCGAUUACGGCGAGUUCAUCUACUUCUUCUUUCGGGAAAUCGCCAUGGAGUACAACAGCAUGGGGAAGGUGGUGUUUCCACGAGUGGCUCGUGUGUGUAAGAACGACCGCGGCGGAUCUCAGCGAGUGCUGGAGAAACAGUGGACGUCCUUCCUGAAGACACGGCUCAACUGCUCCAUCCCUGGAGACUCACACUUCUACUUCAACAUCCUGCAGGCCGUCACCGACGUCCUCCACAUCAGCGGCCGAGACGUGGUCAUGGCCACCUUCUCCACGCCGUACAACAGUAUCCCGGGAUCGGCCGUCUGUGCGUAUGACAUGGAGGAGAUCGCGGCGGCCUUCACCGGACGCUUCAAAGAGCAGAAGUCGCCCGAUUCCACCUGGACCCCCGUCCCAGAGGAGAAGGUGCCCAGACCCAGGCCAGGCGUCUGUGCUGGCGCUUCCUCCGGAGAGAAAUAUAAAGUGUCCAACGAGUUCCCGGAUGAAACGCUGAACUUCAUCAAGCUUCACCCGCUGAUGGACGAAGCCGUUCCUUCCAUCGCUAAUCGGCCGUGGUUCCUCAAGACGAUGGUCCGAUAUCGUCUGACUCGUAUAGCCGUGGAUAACACCGCCGGCCCUCAUCACAACCACACCGUGGUUUUCCUGGGAUCGGAGCGAGGAAUCGUGCUGAAGUUCCUGGCCAAGAUGCGGAGCGGCUUCCUGAACGACAGCCUGUUUCUGGAGGAGCUGAGCGUCUACAACCCAGAGAAGUGCAGUAUUGACGGCGUGGAGGACAAGCGCAUCAUCAGCAUGCAGAUCGACAGCCGGAGUCACUCUCUGUUCGUGGCCUUCUCCUCAUGCGUGGUCAAAGUCCCGCUGUCCCGCUGCGAACGCCACGGAACGUGUAAAAAGUCCUGUAUCGCCUCCAGGGACCCCUACUGCGGCUGGGUGUCCGAGGGAGCCUGUCGAGAAGUCUCAUCAGACCCGAAAUGGCCAUUCGAGCAGGACGUGGAACAGGGCAACACAGAUGGACUGGGCGACUGCCAAAAUGCGUUCGUGGCUCUCAAUGAGCAUCAGCGCAGGCAGCAGGGUGUGAGCGAUAUUACCCAGAAUGCUGCACGCGGACUCCUCACCACCGUGCCUCCUCUCUCCGCCGGGGGUCCUCUGCUCCGGGGCCGCAGGGUCAAGCCGAAGGAGGGCGAGCUGCUGGACGAUCGGAGUGACCCGUAUCCCUCAGACACGCAGCAGGAGAGCGCUGGAGUGAUCCGAGAGACGUACCACAGAGAUCGCGAUCAGAUGGUUCCCAUCACACUCCUGGCCAUCGCCGUCAUCCUCGCCUUCGUCAUGGGCGCCGUCUUCUCCGGCGUCGUGGUGUACUGUGUGUGUGACCACCGGCGAAGGGACUUCGAGCUGUCCGGCCGCAAAGACAAGGACUCGGUCCAGUCCCGACGGGGAUCCAUGAACAGCGUCACCAAGCUGACGGGGCUCUUCGAGACGCAAGCCACGGAUGGACGGCCAGAAGCCAUUAUGACCCCGCUCAUGCACAACGGCCGCUUGACCAACGGCAGGAUGCUCAUCAAAGCUGACCAGCACUUGGAUCUGACCGCCCUGCCCACGCCCGAGUCCACGCCCAUGCAGCCGCGCCGCAAGCCCAGCCGAGGCAGCCGCGAAUGGGAACGCAACCAGAACCUGAUCAACGCCUGCUCAAAAGACUUGCCCUCCAUGGGUUCUGCGGUCAUCCCCACGGACCUGCAGCUGCGGGCGUCUCCGGGCCACAUCCCCAGCGUGGUGGUGCUCCCUCUGCCCCAACACCAGCAGUCUUACCAGCACGAGUACGUGGAGCAGCCGCACCGAGGAGACCUCGCAGAUGACCAGGCCACGCUGGAGUACAAGUCCCUCAAGAGUCCGUGUCACAGCCUCGGCCCGGCGGACGGUGAGGGAGCGCCGCCUCGUGUGCCCCAGCGAGAAGCGUCUCUGAGCGCCGUGGUCCUGCCGGCCGUCCCGCAGAUGGGCAAGAGACUGGACAUGCAUUCGUCUGUAUACGGCCGCGGCUAUCCCAUGAACUCGGGCCUCAAGAAACAGCACAACACCAACUCGUCCAACUCGUCCCACAUGUCCAGGAACCACAGCGUCCGUGUGGAGACGCCUCCUCCGCCCGCUCCGCAGCGCGUGGACUCCAUGCACAUCUCCUCACAUCACCCCGGGAGCUCGUACGGCUCUCUCUCCAGGCAUCUCAAACCUGACGUCCCUCCUAAACCAUCACUGGUGUCCCUUUCCACCAAGGUCAGGUCCAGCGACUCCUGCACAUAAGAGAUGGGGAACGUGAAAGUGUGUCUGCUUUGUGCAGCUGUGUACAGGAAACGCAACUCACUUUUUUUGGUUUUGUUUUGUAUGUUGUGAAAUACACGUCGAGCUCAGGCUGAUGAGGGCAACUCUUGGAGAUUUCGUCCGGUGACAGCAUUGUUGCCGAUGGUUGUGUUCUGCCAAAAGCACAGAAGCGACGAGAGACGCCCGGUUAUCAAGCACUUGGACACACAGCGAGUUCGGACGGGAACAGCUGCUGGAGUUUACCAUGGAAAACUGUGAAACCGCCAUCGAGUAAAAGCAAUCGAGUUCAACACGUCUACUGAAACUGUUGACGAAAUAACACAUGACUGUUAAUACUAAUAGCAGGUUUUAUUUAUUUUUUAAUAAAGUGCUUUCGCAGAAAGAGCGUCUCUUUUAGGCUCAAAUGAGAUCGUUUUAAUUUGAAUUAAUCAAGUGUGAAAUUAUUUAAAGUCAUUAAACUGGAGCCAGUACUUCUGUCCACUAACUCUUGGGAUGUCAGAAGUCAGAGACGAGGGAGUAUUUCUCGAGCCGUGCCAGAGGGGAUUGUGGGUAGAGCGUACAGCCCACAGACAGGAACUCUUUCCUCUUCUUCAUCCGAGUGCCAUUCUCGCCGCACUUGAGACGCUCUCAAUCCUAGUCCGACCACACGGCCCUUUCACCGAAUCAUUUCAGCCUGUUUUUCUCCUUCCACCUGUAAAUGUGUGCCUUACACCCCUGAGUAGUGAAGCGUUUGUUAGCUGUUAACUGUCUUAGUUCUUAUGAAGAUGUUUCGUUUGAUAAAAGAAAAGAACAGUAGGAAAACACGUAAUUGAAGAAUGUAGGUGUCGUCGUCGUCGACUCUGGUCCCUUUGAUAACCACAAAUGACUCUGUGCUUGAUUUCUGAUUGUGCCAAUCACGAUUCUCGUCGUGCUGGAAGAAUGUUUGCUUUCGUUUUCCUUUUUUACUUUUCACCAAGUCAAGAUGAUGUUUAACACUGUGUGUAGAAGACUUGUUGUGCAUCUGUGGAUCGGGCUGCUUCGAGGCAAUAAGAGAAAAACACACAAACGAUCCAGAUAUAACGUUUCUCCCAAACACACACACACAAUCUUUCUAAUGUAUACGAUCAAACACAGUUUUUAGGCAGUGAAUACAGGCUGGCUCCUGUGUAGAUAUGCACUCUGAUAAUAUUAGGAAACAGAUUAAUGUUUGUGACAGAUUCCGAUUAAUAUAAUUUUCUAGCUCUAUGGUUGUGAUGUAAUAUGAGGGAUUGUUAUUGAACUAUUUUGACACACGUUUUAUUGAACUUGACGUCCAGGAACUAGUUUUGGCUGUGUAGAUGUUGACUUCACCCGAUUCUCCGAAUCGAUCCGCUCUGGCCGCAGCGAACGGAGCUCGAGGUUUCCGAGCUGGUGCCUUUCUAGACUUUGGAAGUGCAGUUUGUUCUCUUGUAUGAUAUGGUUUCGUCACCGGCCCUCUCCCACAUCUGAUUCACAGCUAAAUGUAUGUUGUAAAGAAAUUCUCUUUAAUAAAUGGAAAAAAGUACUAAAGACA